CUGUUGCUUCUGGUGAACGGUUAUAUCAAUGUCAGUCAAAUCCUGUCCUCAGCCUCGUGGAGAAACCAGACUGCACAGGAAGUCUUUGCACCUGCUCCACCCCGGUUUGUGCAAAUCGAGGUGCAUGCACGGAAGUCAUGUUUCAGAGCAAAAAUACCCAGGUGGCUCGAUGCUGUGACAGUGUGUGCGGAUGUGUCUGUGUGCAUGCCUGGAUUUUGCUUCUGCUACUGGAGCUGUAACAUUAUGAUAGAGGCUGGGUUUGCAUAGGCUGCCUUGUUCGGAGCGAAGGGGCGGGAAAAGUCGGCAAACCAAAGUUACUUGAGUUGGACAGGUGAAAGUCGGGGGAUGGGGACAAUCCCUGUGGACAUUAGGAGACUUUUGGACGACUGUGAACUGUUUGUAACGGAGAUCCUCCAAGAUGAUGAGCUCAGUGAAACCUCCCGAGAGACACGGAAAGUGUUACUGAACAACUUCAGGGUCGUCCAUGUGAGAAACCCUCAGGAAUUCCCCUUCCCACCGGACUUCAGGGAUGACGACGGUUCUGAUGACAACCGCAGCUCCAGUCUAGGUCGCUCUGCCCCGUCAGACGACGCCUCGGUCGCCUCUGACUACCAGGACGAUGCAGGCCCUGAGUACUUCGGGGACAUCCCUCCUGUGGCAGCUCAGGACCUCAGCAACAUCUUGAAACAAGGCUACCUGGAGAAGAAACGAAAAGACCACGGCUUCUUUGGUUCUGAGUGGCAGAGGAGAUGGUGCGUCCUGAACAACUCCAUAUUCUACUACUUUGGGAGUGAAAAAGAUAAACAGCAGAAGGGUUCCUUUUACAUCAACGAGUACAGCGUGCAGCUGGUGACCAACCUGAGAAAAGACUCCAGGAAAAAAGCCUGUUUCGAACUCGUGGCACCUGGACGACGGGCGUUUCAGUUCACUGCCAGCAGCCCUCAAGAGGCCAGAGAAUGGGUGGACCAAAUCAAUUUUGUUCUUAGAGAUCUCAACUCCAACUUCAUCCCCUUCGACGACGAUGAGGAGGAGGAGAUAGAAGAAGAGACCUAUGAUGACAUCGAGGGGGUGAAAGACACUCCCCCGCCGGGGCCCGGUGCUGCCCGGGCCUUUCGGAACGCCAAACAGGGAGGAGAGCAGGAGACAGGGGAGGUUGAUGAAGAGGACGAGGAUAUCUACGAGGUGCUGCCAGACGAGGACUUUCUGAAUCCAGCUGAGAGCAGUGAGAACAAACCAGCUUUGUCAUCAGAUUACGCUAACUACUACCAGAGUCUAUGGGACUGCCAGGCCGACGAGCCAGAUGAGCUGUCCUUCCACAGAGGAGAUCUCAUCUACAUCAUCAGCAAGGUCAGCAUCGGCCGUCGGCAACAACAUUCAGAGAGGUUUCUUGAAAAUCGUGAAUUUGUUAUUAUGCGAUAG